AUGUCGAGACAGGGUCGUCAGGCUGCAGGUCAGUUACCUCCUAACUGGCCAAUGCAUCCUUUCUUACAGUUCCUUGAUGACCUUGUUGAUCAGAGUACUUUCAUUUCUUACCUGAUUGCCCUUCUAUCCAAGAAUGUCAACAUUCCUCAGGCUCUUUAUAGGAAUGUGGUGGAUAACUCUGGCUUGUUUGCUCAGCUAGUACCAUUCCUCACCCGAUCAAUUCAGGAUGAUAGAGGUCUCGAGCUUUUUUUCUGCCACGACUGGUGGAGGGUUAUCGGGAUUUGGGAGGUGAUCUACCAUGUGCUCUGCUUGGAGUUAUUUUCGACGGUUAGCUUCGACAAGGAGUCGAGGCUCUGGGCCGAUCAUUUAAUGUUUUCUUUUCGCCUGGGAUGCGUAUCCUGCUCCUGCAGCCUCAUCAAGUUGGGGAGGCGUCUAGGGAUUUAUAAUGUUGAGGACACUCUAAGUCCUCAUUUUUAUGCAUUUUUGGACAAUUGUAUCACUUCUCCUCCGCAGGAGUAUGGAUUUAUGCAAGUUUGGGCCCAUGCUCGGGGGAACUAUGUCUCAUCAUCGACUAAGGAGAGCGUCUUCCACUCUUCUAUCUAUUGGUUGCUUCACCGACUGGUCUCAUCCAUCAUUUGUCACAGACAUGAGUGUGAUAAGGCUCUUUCUGGAGACCUUUUCUAUAUGUGGAUGAUGCGGGUGCUGACUAGGGAGACGGGCCAGCCAUGGCGGGUACUGGGGGAUGACAUCGUCGAGCCGAUUCGGCAUGUAGAGUCAGAGGAGAACCGUUGGAUGAUGGCUUCGCUUGUUGCUGUAACACAACAUCCGGGGAUGGAUCAUCUGCCCUUUUCUAAUGUGGAUCAUGUGGUACCACCCCCUUCUCAGCCACACAUCAUUGGUUACAAUGGUGUCGGUCCUUCAAGCACGCUUCUUGGAGACACCAAUGACGAUGGCGACGAUGACGACGACGAGGAGACUGAGACCGAGUCGGAGGGUAGUGAUGACUAG